UUCAUAGACAGUUCUGAAACUUUCCCAUCACAGUGUUGGUGGGUUCAUCUGACUCCUCUAUAACAGAGCGGAGUCAGUCAGUGUGAGACAGACCACCUGGAAACACACACUCGUCCACCUCACGCUGGAUUCCCGUUUGCUGUGGUCUGCUUCCUUCAGACAAGAUCAUCUCAGAGAAAGUGAAGGACGUAAUGCUGAAGCACGCAUUCACCUGGACUCAUUGAUUUGUUUGUUUGUGUUUGAUCGCAGCCUGGAAACUUUGAGGAGACUUGCGCUCUGUCUGACGGGACAGAAGAGACGGAGACACAGGCAUCAUUGUGAGUCCAGUGAGGAUGAGGACGUUGUGCUCUAGAAGGGUUCUGCAGCGGUGGUUCUUUGCUCUCUUCUUACUGUGUUCUCCUGUUCCUCACCACGGCAGGCCCGUCGAUGCCCUGAGCAGCCGAAUGAGGCGUUCAGUGACUCACGCUCAGCUGAUGCAUGAUAAGGGCCGGACGCUGCAGGACUUAAAGAGGCGCUCCUGGCUCCAGGAGCUGCUGCAUGUAGUUCACACGGCCGAGAUCCGGGACGUCCCGCAGCCCAGAGGAGGCAUGGCCAGCAGCGGAGGGGGCGGCGGCCUCACGGUUGCCAUUCCAAUGGGAGUGGGUGUGUCCAUAGGAAUGGGAACCGCCCACCCCAAACCAGCUGGAGGCACCAAGAAUCUGCCGAUCAGCUUCCGUCUGGAGGACGAGGAGGGAACCAACCUCCCGCAGGAAACCAACAAGUCCCAAACAUACAAGGAGAGCACGAUGAAAGCCAUCGGCAAGAGGAAGAAGAAAGGCCGUGCGGGGAAGAGGAGGGAGGGAGAGAAGAGGAAGAGGAGGGCUCGAUCGCUCAUCAGUGCUUUCCUCCUGGACCAGCACUAAAACACUGUCAGUCUCUGACAACGAUCCAUGAGGACAUUUGAAAUGUUCAUCUAAAAGAGAUAGGAAAAUAUUUAUUGUCUGUAAAUAUUCUUAAUGCACCCGAACAAUGACAAAGACAACUAACGAUACUGCUAAAGCAUUAUUACAGCUCCACGGAGACACACAUUUGGAUCCUUGUGAAUACCUUGCUUUGUUUCUUUUUCGUUUUCCUCUUUAUUCUUCUUUUAGGACUAUGCCUCUAUUACGGUAUCAGAAUUCCUGUAAUUUAUUUUGUUUGAAUGGUGUAUUUAUUUUGUAAAGGUAUCAAGGUGCUGCUGACCUUCUAUAUUUUUGUACUAUAAUGCACUUUAGAUAUAUAAAUAUAGAAAUAUAUACAA